CCGGAACAGUCAGUCAACAUCCAGAGGAAGAGGAGCUCACAGGCAUCAGAGCUCGCCGUUCUGCCUUCAGGGUGGGCAAGCGCUAAAAGAGGGGGCCGUCCUUUUCCCUUUGACGUACUCAUCUGGACAGAGAAUUUAAACGGAGAAAUGGACUUCAUUCUGCCAAGCCUGGAGCCAGCCGGCGGUAUCCCCUGGGAGAAGGUUUUACCGCCUCUCAUUCCCCGGCUGAAUGGGACUUAUGGAAAGUACAGCUGGUCCCCAACACUGCUGAUCCCAGACAGCGAGAACAGCAGCUCUACAGAGGUGCACUGUGAUGACAACGGAUUCACAGUUCAAGUCGACGUGAAAUAUUUCAGCCCAGAGGAGCUCGUGGUCAAAGUGACCGGGGAUUUUGUGGAAGUGCAAGGAAAGCAUGAGGAGAAAAAGAAGGACGGCCCCGGUGUCACAACCCGCCAGUUCAACCGACGCUACCGGAUCCCGAAGGGAGUGGACGCCCUGGCUUUGGAGUCUGCCGUGUCUCCAGAGGGCAUCCUGAUCGUGUCUGCUCCCAUGCUGCAAACUGACGACUCCAGAUCCCUCAUUUAACUCCCAAUAACAUCAAACGACUGCCAGGUUCCCCUUAAAUGAAAAUAUGUGCGCGGCAGCCUUCACGAACGCACACACAGAAAUAACUUCAGGCCCCUCCUCUCAGAAAACAC